UUAACCAUGGCUUCGGAUGUUUAGUUGCUGAACCGUGAAGCUUCUCAGGACGUAUGGAACCAGGUGGCCAACUGGGUCAAGUAAAUAUCAGACACUGAGUAUAGGAAAAUGUUGGCUUACUAAGCGGAAAUCAUUAGUGCCAGUUCUGUUGACUUAACUCACCUCAAACCCCCUCAAUACCCCGGACAUUUAGAUCUCCUCUCACCACAUAUCACACACGCAAUCAUGACUGUAGUCGAAGCUGUAAAGUCUGCAGUUGGACUUUCUGGUGCUCCAUCUACCAGUAUGCUCCCCUCCUUUCAAAACUACAUUUCCUGGGUACGAAGCUAAUACUAGGCUUAGGCGCAACUCGAGAACAAAUGAGCGAAGCCCGAUUACCUAUUGCAUAUCGUGAUGGAUGUGCUGGUCUAUUGAUUCCGCUCAAUCGUUGUCGGCAGGAAGAGUAUUAUCUUCCAUGGAAGUGUGAGGUUCGUUUGCUAGACAGACUGAAAGUACUGAGCUAUCGGGGACAAGGCUGACAUUCGGGAUUUUGCGAACAGCAAGAAAGACAUUCCUACGAAAAAUGCCAAUAUGAAGAAUUCAAGAAGAGGGUCGCGAAGAUGGACGAAUUGAGAGAGGCAAAAGGUGGUGCAAGAAGCAAUUGAAAUGAGAGCAAGGCGAUCAGGAACGGAAUGGAUGUGUACAUAUGGCAUGGAAAUGGAAUACAAUUUUGCAGGAUAUUGAUGUAAACCCAGCAUGGUGACAAUGGUCUCGAUAUGACGAAACAAUUUUCGAAAAAGAUGUGUAUCGAUAUAACCAUUGUAUGCACCGAUAUAUUUGAUGGAUGAACUUCGAACGCCGGGACU